AUGGAGGCUGAUUCCUUAUUCACACUUUCGAGUCAAAGAAAGCGGGAGCACCCCACGGAAUCUGAUAUAGAUCAAUUGGAGACAGAACGUGCCAAACGAAGAUAUGUUUCAGAGUUUCUAUCCUCCGAGCUGACUGCUUUAAGUCUUCAUGGCAAUGAAAAAAAAGAAGGACAGGUUGGUGUAAUGGAACUCGAUAUGGAUCAAUCUAUUGAGUCGGAUAAAACGGUAAUUUUUCCAGUUAGACGAAAGCACGUUGUUAUGGUCACAAAUCUUGACGCGGAAGCCACAGACACAGAGAUAAGUGAGGAUGAGGCGAAUGAAAAAACAACCUUACUUGUGCCUGGUGAAAUUAGAAGAUCGUUAAAGAAGAUACCACAGGAACUGUUGCUUCCGAAGACGGAAAAUCCGGUUCGAGCACUGGUAUUAUAUCAACGACCCCCAUGGUUACCAUUAGAGAGCACCAGUCAGAACAAGGAAAUUACACAUGAGCGACGCAUAUCGGACAUCAUGGAAAAUGGAAAAUUACCGACGAUCCCUGAAAAUCCGUUGUCUCCCGCGAUCGAAGUUGAAGAGAUGGAUGUGGAUGUGGAUGCCGAGAACGUUAUCAGGAAUUCAAAUGAUGGAUACUUGGGUGACGACGACGAGGAUGAUGUGGAUGAAAUGGAACUAUGA